GAUGAAUGCCGGCAAUGAUUACCCUCAAAAUACAUUGUGCUUAGAAGAUGGUGUCACAACACGAAACCUUAUUAAUCUCUCCGGACGCUGCAGAAAGCGGGGGCAAUGGUAACACAGCAACUCAUACCUUUCCACCCUCAACAUCAGCCUUCUGUUGAAUCCCGGCCCAUGUCAAAGAUUUUCUGAUGAAAGUUGUCAUCAGCAAUGGCCUCUCUAUAUUGUAUUCUAUCUUUUUUUCCCCGGAUCUCUAUUUAACUCAAGGGCCGGACCGAAGCCACCUUUGGAGUUCCACUUGAUUAGCGAUGGCCACUAUGUCCAGCUAUGAACACCCAGACGACAACAGAGGUCCUAUGGUGCUUGGAUGGUUAUGGACCACAACAAUUCUGGCAAUCUUGGGCGUAAUGAUGCGGUUGUACGCUCGAUUAACUACUAAAGCAAUCGGUUGGGACGACUAUUUGAUCAUAGCAGCUACAGUAAGUGAUUUCUCUAUUUCUGAAAGAAGCCAGCCACCGUAGGUUGACCAAAAGAACUGAUAUAUUCCCAGGCAGUAACUGUAUUUGGUAGUUCCGUCAACCAAGUGAUGGUCGAUUACGGAUUCGGCCGCCAUGUUGAAUAUGUCCUGAAAGACAUAGAAAAGAUAGUGAUGUGGACCAUCAUCGCCGAAUUACAAAGCUACCUCGCCAUCGGCCUUGUCAAACUUUCAGUAUGCUGGUUCAUACUACGGAUGAUCCAAGGAACCCAUAGAUUCCUCAGAGCCUCCAUUCUCGUUCUCAUGGCUAUACUUGGAAUCAUGGUGGUGGUUGCAAUGUUAUUGGACGCCUUACAAUGUUUCCCUUUAGAAAAAGCUUGGAAAGAACACCUCCCCGGAAGAUGCAUCUCCAAGUACGUCUUGACGCAUUUUACUAUAGCGAUAGGAGGUGAGGGUCUCCAACACCUGAUAGUUCGCAUCACUGGCUGAUGAGGAAUGAUUUCAGUUAUUGGCUGUAUCACGGAUUUUGCUUGUGUAUUGAUUCCCCUUUUUUUGAUCCGUGGAUUGAAAAUGAACCGACGGACCAAAUGGGCCCUGGGAGCGAUCUUGAGUUUUGGACUAGUGUGAGCUCUCUCCUCUUUUGUCGUUUACUUUGGGCUGAUCGUGGACACAUACAGACCCGGUGCUUGCGCCAUUGGGAAAAGCGUCACAACCAACUUCCAAAGCAAAGACCAGACAUGUAAGUACACCAGCCUCUACAUCUCACCUUCUUCCCUAAUCAUCGACUUUAGACGACUUCGUCCCAGUCUUGCUAUUCGCCGCAGUCGAAUGCAACUUCGGCAUCUUCGUCGCAUCAUUGCCAGCCCUCCGUCCCUUCUUCCGAAGCAUCUUAAAGAGCACCACGUCCGAAGAAAAGUCUUCCCAUCGAUACAGACUAUCCGGAAGCGAAAUAAGAAAUACAAUUUCAGGGAUUUCCAAGUCUAAGAGUACCAGAAACAUUCUGACAGCGGAGGACAAUAGCGACGACAUUCCUCUUGGAAAGAUUGGGGUGAGCCGGACUUUAGAUAUUGCGUCAGAGCCACGGGGAAGCAAAGACGAUGAGACGAUGAAACCUUACUAUCCGGGUGACUCUGUUUAAGAACGGGUCCAUGGUGGAAGCGUGUGGUAUUAUGUUGCACUUCUAAAAGUUGAAUACCGUAAUAUAGAUACGGGAAUCAGAUUUUCUGUGUAACCACA